GUCAGUCAAGUCUUGGAAACAGAGGAGAGAACUUCCGCGCUCCUCAAGUCCUUGCCUUAAAUAAAAGGAAAAAAGUCCAUUCACGAACACAGAGGAACAGAUCAAAGCUCUGAAAAAUCCAAGAUCGCAAUCGAUGGAUAAACCAAACCCUAGGCGUCCUUCGAGCAACGUUCUUCCUUACGAGACGCCCAGAUUGCGCGAUCAUUACCUCCUCGGCAAGAAGCUUGGGCAAGGCCAAUUCGGUACCACCUAUCUGUGCACCGAGAAGUCCACCGGAGCCAAUUACGCCUGCAAAUCCAUCCCCAAGCGCAAGCUCGUUUGCCGCGAGGACUAUGAGGACGUCUGGAGGGAGAUUCAGAUCAUGCACCACCUGUCGGAACACCCCAACGUUGUCCGGAUCAAGGGCACGUACGAAGACUCCGUCUUCGUACAUCUUGUCAUGGAGGUCUGCGAAGGCGGGGAGCUUUUCGAUCGGAUUGUGGCGAAGGGCCAUUUCAGCGAGCGCGAGGCCGCGAAGCUGAUCAAGACGAUUCUUGGCGUCGUGGAGGCUUGCCAUUCGCUUGGUGUUAUGCAUAGAGAUUUGAAGCCUGAGAAUUUCUUGUUCGAUAGCCCUAAUGACGAUGCAAAGCUUAAGGCCACCGAUUUCGGCUUGUCCGUCUUCUACAAGCCAGGACAGUAUCUAUUUGAUGUGGUGGGAAGCCCGUAUUAUGUUGCCCCUGAGGUCCUGAAAAAAUGUUAUGGACCAGAAAUAGAUGUUUGGAGUGCCGGUGUUAUACUUUACAUCUUACUAAGUGGAGUCCCGCCCUUCUGGGCAGAAACUGAGUCCGGAAUCUUUAGACAGAUAUUGCAAGGGAAGUUAGAUUUCAAAUCCGACCCAUGGCCUAAUAUCUCAGACGAUGCUAAAGAUUUGAUAUGCAAAAUGCUCGAAAGGAACCCCAGGAAACGCAUUUCUGCCCAUGAAGCAUUGUGUCAUUCGUGGAUUGUCGAUGAACUGGCUGCACCAGACAAGCCUCUUGAUCCAGCAGUCUUGUCUCGACUAAAGCAGUUUUCAGAGAUGAAUAAACUUAAAAAGAUGGCCUUACGGGUGAUUGCUGAGAGACUUUCAGAGGAAGAAAUUGGUGGUCUGAAGGAACUAUUCAAGAUGAUAGAUACAGACAGCAGCGGUACAAUUACCUUUGAGGAGCUUAAAGCAGGUUUGAAGAGAGUCGGGUCUGAACUGAUGGAAUCAGAAAUCAAAUCUCUAAUGGAUGCGGCGGAUAUAGACAACAGUGGGACAAUAGACUAUGGGGAAUUCCUAGCAGCGACGUUGCACUUGAACAAGAUGGAGAGGGAGGAGAACUUGGUGGCUGCGUUUUCAUACUUUGAUAAAGACGGGAGCGGAUACAUCACAGUGGAUGAGCUUCAACAAGCUUGCAAAGAGUUCGGCCUCUGCGAUUCCCCUAUCGAAGAGGUGAUCAAGGAGAUUGAUCUCGACAAUGAUGGGAGGAUUGAUUUUUCGGAGUUUUCGGCGAUGAUGAGGAAAGGAGAAGGGAUUGGGAGGAGCAGAACGAUGAGAAGCAACCUGAACUUCAACUUGGCUGACGCCUUCGGAGUUGGUAACGCUACCCAAAACGAUGACUGAUUUGUGGAAUCAUCUCCAUUUCGUAAUUUUUUUGCUGUCUCCAACUGUUUCUAUGGAAAGUUUUUUUUCUUUUUGGUUUGUAGAAGAGCAACAUCCUCCCGAUUUUGUUGUAGUAUGAUGAUUCCGGUCUUAUAUUUGAACAAUCCUUUUGAUUUCA